UGGCGCUGGGCUACCGUUGGGCCUCCUAGGUCUCAGGGCUCCGGAUUCUCGAAGGGGUCACCGCCAUGGCCGGGUGUGCCCGCGGGUCCGCGCGUGCUGUGCUCGCCUUCCUGCUGGCGCCCGCGCUGGUGGCCCUGCUGGUGGCGCCGGCACGGGGCCGGGGUGGCCGGGGCCACGGGGACUGGGGCGCCGCCGAGCUGCUGCCGCCCCGCGAGAACGCGGCGCUGGUGGCUCGCUUCGUGACGAACGUCUGCGACUGGGGCGCGCUGGCCACCAUCUCCACUCAGGAGGGGGUGCGCGGCAGGCCCUUCGCCGACGUCUUGUCGGUCAGCGACGGGCCCCCGGCCAAGGGCAGCGGCGUGCCCUACUUCUACCUGAGCCCGAUGCAGCAGUCGGUGGGCAACCUGAAGGAGAAUCCAUAUGCUACGCUGACCGUGUCUUUGGCAGAGACUAGUUUCUGCAGGAAAUAUGGAUUUGAUCCCCAAAGUCCCCUCUGUGCUCACAUAAUACUAUCAGGAACUGUUAUCAAGGUGAGUGAAGCAGAAAUGGACGUUGCAAAGAAUUCAUUAUUCAUUCGACACCCUGAGAUGAAAACCUGGCCAUCCAGCCAUAACUGGUUCUUCGCUAAGUUGAAUAUAACCAAUAUCUGGGUCCUGGACUACUUUGGUGGACCAAAAAUAGUGACGCCUGAAGAAUAUUAUAAUGCCACAUUUCAGUGAAGCAACAUAUGGCGAAUUUAACCUCAUGUGCAAAGUUUCUUAGGAAGUUUCAUGCAGACUUAAAGUGCUUAAUAUUUCUUUAUGGAAAGUUUCCCAGAAUAUUAGACAGUUUUCUUUCCUUGCUUGCAUGUUUACAGAAUUGAGAUGGAUUGUUACUGCAUUUCUUGGAAGAUGAGAUUGCUGGAUAUAUUUAUAUAUAUUUUUGUAUUUUGAAGCCAUUUUCAUAGAGACAUGUCAUUCAUUAUGAUCAAAGAAGUUUUGUUCCAUCAAUUCCAAAUAGUUUGCCAAUGGUGCUCCUUAAAGAGGAGUGGGUACCAGUUUUAGAUUGCCCAUUGGCAUUUGGAAGUACUCAAGUACGUGUUUUUAAUUACUGAAAACCACUGUGCUGGGGAGAGGAGUCAUGCCUCCACGGCUGCUGCCUGAGCCUGUAUUAAGGGCUUGGCUCCUGUUACAGUGCAUGUGAAUAAAUCUUGCCAAGACAAACAAACAAUGAUGAAAUACAAAUGGAGUAUCCCUCUCAUGGUCCAUUUAUGUCUGACAGUCCUGGGUGUUGUUGAUCCAACACAGGGCAAGACUAUUUCUUAUAAAGAACUUUAAAAAAAGCUUUUGAAGUCUAAAGUGAUAAUUAUCUAGAACAAAGGAAGAUCAUAAAACUUCUUGAAUUUGAUUUAAUCAAGGAAGUUCAUAAAAUUUUCUGAAUUUGAUUUCCCCAUCUAGGUGGACACUGUAUAAUCAGUUUCCUCCACUCAAAAUACAGACACAAGCACACAUUUUUUUUUUUUUGCCCCAAAAUGGGAUUUCGAAGAAAGAAAAGAAAGGAGGGGAUUUUGUAUGUAAUUUGUUUCUGGUGUUCUUUUCUAAGUUAAGUUAAUGCAGAUAUGGACCAGUUUAAACCAGGGCCCAAAUCCGUCUCCUAACCACUCUCUCUAGCUUU